AUGUACCAUCAAUAUGAUCGCUCAGAGCCAAAGCCCGUCGCGUCGGACUGGAGGAAGGUGCUCAACGCCGAUGUCAGCUCGGUGGAAGACUACAACAAAGCUGUAGAGCGUCUUCAAGCAGCCGAGAAGGAGAGAGCGUUCGACUUUCAGAUCACGACUUCGGCAUCUCACAAUGAGAAACGGGCUGCUGCGUUGCUACACAAGAUCCAAGCUUAUGACUGGGAUCACACUUACGGGACACCACAUGACGAUGAAGGCAAUCCUACCGAGAAAAGGACCCAGGGCGAGCAUUUCUUGGGCAAUGUCGACCUCAUCAAUAAGACUGAGCUCAUGAAGGUCGCAAAGCGGAUGCCCAAGGGAGCGCAUCUGCACAUUCAUUGGAAUUCCUGCCUGCCAGCAAGAUUCCUGAUUCGGCAAGCUCGCGAUAUCAAGGCGAUGUAUAUCAGAAGCACUCUUCCUUUGACGACUCCGGAGCACUUUGCGACAACUCGAAUCUCAUUUAUGGUGAUGACGCCUUAUGAGGCAACUCACGUUAAAGGUGCCGAGGAUGACGAGAAGGAGACUCCAUUAGGGAACGUCUUUGAUCCUCAUUAUGUUCCGAACAGAUGGAUGCCCUACAAGCAGUUCCAGGAACUAUUCAACUACCCAGGAGACUUUGGAGAAACCUUGACACGAACGGAGAGGGCUGAACGAUGGCUUGAGCAUAAGAUGCUUAUCUCAGAAGAUGAGGCUCAUGGUUGCAAACAAACUGGUCAUGGAAUCUGGGAAAAGUUCAACUACAGAACUCAAAUGAUGAAGGGUUUAUUCGCUUACGAAUCUGCCUUCAGAAAUUACACUCGAGCAUGCAUAAAGGAUUUCGUCAAAGACAACAUCCAGUACGCCGAGAUCAGACCAAAUUUUAUGGCCACCAAUUCUUUGAAGACUGAUGAUGGUACUGGUUCUAUUGGAAACGAGGGUAUCAUGAAGAUCAUCAACGAAGAGCUGCAAAGCACUAUGGAAGAGCUUCGCAAGAGAGGCGAUUAUUUUGGAGGAAUGAAGGUUAUUUAUUGCACGCCACGAUCCUUUCAAAAGGACCAAGUUGCCGCUGCAUUAGACGAGUGCAUCGACCUGAAGCACAAGUAUAAAGACUUGCUCUGUGGAUUCGAUCUCGUCGGACAUGAGGAGAUGGGAAACGAGCUCCGCCACUUCGUACCCGAAUUUCUCGACUUUCAGAAAAAGUGCAAAGAGCAGAAACUCGACAUCCCAUUCUUGUUCCACUGCGGCGAAACCCUUGAGGUUGGAGACAAGGUAGAUGGAAAUCUCUUCGAUGCUGUACUUCUAAAGGCGAAGCGUAUUGGACACGGAUACGCCAUCGCAAGACAUCCUAUGAUCAUGGAGAUCUUCAAGGAGAAGAACAUCGCCAUCGAAUCAUGUCCAAUCUCCAAUGAGAUUCUUGGCCUCACUCCCAACAUCGCGGGGCACAAUUUGCCCAUUUUGCUGGCCAACAAUGUACCAUGUACAAUCAAUAGCGACAACGCUACAUUCUAUAGAUCAUCGUUAUCACAUGAUUUCUAUCAAGUCAUAAUCGGCUCGGAAUCCAUGAACUUGCUUGGCUGGAAGCAGCUUGCAAAGUGGAGUCUCGAACACAGUUGCAUGAAUCCCGAUGAGAAGGCAGCAGUCACAGCCGAAUGGCAAAGCAAAUGGAAUGCCUUUUGCCAGUGGAUCGUUGAUGAAUAUUCUUGGCUUGAAUUCUGGGAGCCAAGACCUGGAAGACAUUGA